AGGCGAGAUUUGAAGAUAUAAACAAAACGAAGACAUUCAAGCGGACAAUACAUAAUUUUUAAGAUCCUGGACACAUGACACGCUAAACAAAAUGGUGGACACACAGCACUUCUGCCUCCGCUGGAACAACUACCAGAGCAGUAUAACUAGCGCAUUCGAGAACCUUCGUGAUGAUGAAGACUUCGUUGACGUCACCCUCGCGUGUGAUGGCAAGAGUCUCAAGGCGCACCGCGUGGUGCUGUCGGCUUGCAGCCCGUAUUUCAGAGAAUUGUUGAAGUCAACACCAUGCAAGCACCCAGUGAUCGUGCUUCAAGACGUUGCGUUCACGGACCUGCACGCGCUGGUCGAAUUCAUAUACCACGGCGAGGUGAACGUCCACCAGAGGAGCCUGUCCUCCUUCCUGAAGACCGCUGAGGUCCUGCGAGUCUCCGGCCUCACGCAUAAUGAUGACGCCCAGGGGCCGCUCGUGCAGAGCCUGGCCCGCGCGAACGCCGCGCCCUCCCCGCACACGCCGCCGCACCCCGCGCACACGCCGCACACGCCGCACACGCCGCACACGCCGUACACCGACAAGCUGGAGGAGGCGCUGCUGCACCCCCCCCUGCGGCGGCUGCACGCGCCCCCCCGCCGCCUCUCCCGCUCCGCGGACAACUCCCCCGACGUCAUCAAGCGCGUCCGCCACGAUAACAACAACGAGCAGCCCCAGAUACAUGACUUCUCCACAAAGAAUUCGCUGCUGAACAACACGCGGGCUCACGAACAGCCGAAUAAUGGGAAUGGAGUGUCGAACUCGCUGUCUCCGUCGCCGAGGCUCAUGGACGAGGUCAAGAACGAGCCGCUAGACAUGAUCUGCCCGACAAACGCCGACAUAGACCGCAGCACUGAUGAUACGCCGCCUCAUUCGCAUCAUAGACAAAUGGGAGGACCGCCAUCACGCGCCAGCUCCGCCGACGCCGACGACCGCACGCCACCGCCACAGAUGCCACAACCGCCUUUCAUAUCGCCAGCCGACACCAAAAUAUUUGGCCCCUCACACAACUUUAACUACCCAAUGUCGCUCACUGACCCUUCGUCUACAUUGGCCGGUCUGCAGAGUCCCCUGACUGACAACAUGGCUGGCACAUCACAAGCUGUACCGCCCCUCCGUAUGCCCCCGCCCACCGCCGGCGGGAUCAACGAGCCGCAAGAGUGUCCCUACUGCCGCAGGACCUUCUCUUGCUACUACUCCCUGAAGCGACACUUCCAAGACAAGCACGAGCAGUCCGACACGCUGUACGUGUGCGAGUUCUGCCACCGAAGGUACAGGACCAAGAACUCGCUGACGACGCACAAGAGCCUGCAGCACCGCGGCUCCAGCGGCAUGCUGAAGCGGCUGCUGAAGACGUCGGCGCUGCACAGCGCGCUGGCGCCGGCGCCGCACCACCUGUUCGACCUGGCCGCCGACCACCCGCAGCUGCCGGGCCUCCAAUGACCUCAGCCGACCGCCUGAGCCGCCGCGCCGCGCCCGCGGCCCCGCCCCGCGGACACCAUCCAUGUGCAAUAUACGGACAAUGCCAAAACGCAGGACUCUGCCGCAUUUUAUUAAUGUUUAAUUGUGUAUUAUAAGGGUAGUAAAAUAUUGACGUUAGUUUUAAAAAUGAACAGUAUUGUUGCGACGCGGAGUCGCGUAGUGUCUUCGAUAUUGGACUUUGCGACACGGGGCUCCUGUGAGAAUCGAUGUUCGAACAGUGUUCAAUAUGACUAUGUAAUUCAGAGCAAUACUAAAGUAUUCAUAUUUUCUAGUACUGCCAAAAUAAUGCCAACUAUAUUCUAAAGAGAAUAUAACAUUUUAUAAAAUCAAUUUUCGAUAAA